CCUAAAAAUACCAAAUUCUGUCGUGUUUACACCAAACCAAAUCCCUGGUUUCUUUUGUUGUAGCUCUUCGAUCAAAACUCUCAAUCUGUCCGCAGAGAAUCGAUCUGGGAGUGAGAGAGCGAGGAGAUUGAGGGAGCGACAAUGGAUGCCAUGAGGAAGCAGCUCGAUGUGCUCAUGGGUGCUAAUCGAAAUGGCGAUGUGACGGAAGUGAAUCGCAAGUACUACGACCGCGAGGUCUGCCGUCUCUACCUCUCUGGUCUCUGUCCUCACGACCUCUUCCAAUUGACGAAAAUGGAUAUGGGUCCUUGCCCAAAAGUCCACUCUUUGCAGCUCAGAAAAGAAUAUGAAGAAGCAAAGGCAAAAGGUGUUGACAACUAUGACAGGGAAUUGGAAGACGCUAUAGACAGGUUGAUUGUUGAGUGCGAUAGGAAGAUUGGUAGGGCCCUUAAGCGUCUUCAAGAAGAGGAUGCCAAAGCUGCCAUCGCAAUUUCCGUCUCUGAAGUCACUCUGACACCUGAAAUACUGGAGUUAUCAAAACAAAUUAAAGAGAAGAUGAAGGAAGCAGACCAGCACGAUCUUGAAGGCAAGACGGAUUUUAAGAUUAGAGCUGUUGAGAUAAUUGAAGAAUUGAGGACCAAGAGAGCUGACAAACAGGCAAUGCUGCUUCUGGAUGCCUUCAAUAAGGAUAGGGCAUCCUUGCCGCAGCCUGUUACUACUCAGCCCCCAGCAUCAUCAUUGCCUCCACCUGAUCCUCGUACUCAGGAAAUGAUAAAUGAGAAGCUGAAGAAGGCAGAAGAUCUCGGUGAACAAGGAAUGGUUGAUGAAGCACAGAAAGCACUAGAAGAGGCUGAAGCUCUCAAGAAGCUUGCUGUUAGACAAGAGCCUGUAACGGAUUCUUCCAAGUACACUGCAGCUGAUGUGCGCAUUACAGACCAGAAGCUACGCCUAUGUGACAUAUGUGGAGCAUUUUUGAGUGUAUAUGACAGUGAUCGUCGCUUAGCUGAUCAUUUUGGAGGGAAGCUUCAUUUGGGUUACAUGCUGAUUCGGGACAAAUUAGCAAUGCUUCAGUUUCUUCAGGAAGAAAGAAACAAAGUUCGGAAGGGACAGAAUGAGGACAGGAGAUCAAAAGAACGCAGUAGGGAUCGCGAAUCAAGUAGAGACCGAGACCAGGGGGAUAGUCGUGACCGGGGAAGAGAUGACGAUCGCAGGAGUAGAGAUCGGGAUAGGUAUUAUGAUCGUGAACCUGAAAGAGACCAUGACCGAAGACGAAGCUAUGACUCAAGAAGUCGGCGUAGGUCACGUUCCCGCUCCAAGGAAAGACCAAGGGACUAUGAUCGUCACAGGCGUCACGACCGCUACUAAGGGGCUCGGCCGCCUGAGAGCUAACGGCCGAUAUAUAAUAUCAAUCUGGUGGUGAGACUCUCUUACAUUAUGUGUUUUUGUUUUCCUUUUUUUUUUGGGGGGGAGGUGUAUGUUCCCACGUUUGUGGAGAUUCCCAGUCAGUUUCCUGCCCUUGUGGUGGUGAUAUCAAAGACUCGUAGAAGAUUUGCCUUCAGUUCACAGUAUGGAAUCCUUGGUGAGAUCUUGUAGUAUGUUUUAUGCCAUCAGAAUUUGGUGUUUUUCUCGUCGCCACAUGCGAGGGUUGUUGUCUACUGCUUACCUUUUUUGAA